AUGGAACUAUGUAACAUUCUGGAUUGCAGACGCCUUCAACAUCAACACAUUCAUGAUCGCAUCAUCCAUGAUUGGUCUGGGAAUGUCAUGGUGGCAGGCAUGGAUCGCCGUGUGGCUAGGAUACGCAAUUGCAGCUGGAUUCUUGGUGCUCAAUGCAAUUCCUGGCAGUCGUUAUCAUAUUAUCUUUCCGGCGUAUAUUAG